GAUACAGAAACAGAUUUAGCAGUUCGUUUGCCCAGCUCUGUCGUGCACUCCGAGACCAGUCCUCACCAGUCGAACUCAUGCAGUGGACAGUAUCAUCAUCGUCGAAAACGUAUACGCAUAUCCCCAUUGGCCCGUGUUCCCAGCGAGUCUCAGAGACCGAGUGAGGGUAGUGGGAUCGCAGUGAACCGUUACGUAACAGUGUGCAAUGACGGGGACACGGGCCCGGAUGUGCCAACUGUUCUCCAACCGGGCGUUCAGUCUCACUCGUCAAGUGUGACCAAAUUGACUAUGGACUCGGGGGAAGCACAUGUCGUGUCCAGUCUGAUCUCGACCCGAAUGGAUUCGGAUCUUCAGUCAAUUAUUCUCAAAUAUGUUCGUCUAAAAUCGGUGGUUCGUUGUUUGGAGCUGGCUGGUUUUUGUUCACCUUUUGUUCUGGCUUGUCUAGACGAGGCACAAAUACAACGUAUUGAAGAUUUUGUCGGGCACACUUGUUCCCUGAUCGAUUCAGCCUCUAUUCGGGAACAGUUUCUCGGGCCCAUAUUUGCCAAAUAUCCGGAACAGUUCCGUCUCCCUGCGGGAACCGUCUGUGGUCUAAUGUUGGCCUCGGCUGAUAUCAAGCGUCGUUACCGACGUUUUCCCACUCCUCAUGUGCUCACCUCAACCAUCGAUGUGCCACAACCAGAUAUGGAUUUUCUCCACGAGCUUCACGGUUUCACAGAUAUGGCAUCACAAACCGACAUCUCUGUCCCGCCGACCGCAUCGAAAUUACCAUUGUGUUUGCCGGAAUCUGAUCUUCCAGCCCUACCGAUCACUCCAGUCACAUCUGCCUCAUCUCUACCGCCCACCUCGAACCCUUCCGUGUCAAAUGAACUGUCCGUUUGUUUGCCAACAAUCACAAGUCACAUGGACCCGGUGAGUGUGACUAAACUGAAUCCACUGAUCACAUCCAUUGAGCACUCGACCACACCGAACACGGUAGCUAUGAUGGCGGCUGCAUUUCAGGCGGCCGCAGUCGCUGCUUCCGGAUCCGGGCCGUUGUUUAAGGUCAAUCUGUUCGCUCCCGCCUCGCCUCACUGGUGUUUGGAAUACUUGAUUCGUGUUGGCAUUUCCGAUAGUGAAUAA